AUGUAUUAUAUCCAUGGUGUACCGGUUUGUCCACCAUUAUGUCCUCCUUUAUCACAUACCGAUUUAGUUUCUUCAUCUGAAGAAAAUCUUAAUCAUCGAUCAAAUUUUUCAACAAAUGAAAAAUUAAGUACAUAUGCCAAACAAUUUAGUCGUCAUUUUGUUUUUCCAUUUUCUCGAAAAGAAAAUUUUGAUGAUGAAACAAAUAUUGAUGAAGAAUUCGAUGAAAUAUCUUUAUCAGACAAUUAUUGUAAUUCUCAUGGUAAAGCAGAAAAUCUUAAUGAUGAAAGAACGAAUACAAGACAAAGUUUAACAUUAGUUGGUACUGAUGGGUUACCGAUCACGAAAAGAAUUCUUCCAGGCAUAACUAAUAUUACAAAUAAUCAUAAUAACAAAAUAACUGAUGAUGGAAUGGGAAAAACGACAAAUGGGGGAAUUAACAAUGGAAAGUAUGUUCUAUGA